GAAAAAGAGGAGGUGGGGAGAGAUAGAGAAAAGAUAAAGCUAAAGGGAGAGAGAGAAGCUAAAAUAGAGCAAAAGAUAGAGUGGCAGACAGACAACAGAGGGAAACAGAGAAACGAAAGAGAGCUAGACACAGGGUGCAAGAGUGAGGGAAAGAGAGCGAGAGACCCAGAGAGAGAGAGAGAGAGAGAGAGAGAGCAUUAAGAGUGAGAGAGGAUCGCAGAGGGAGGUGUUAUGUGCUUUAGACUCUCAGCGUGUAUUUACUGGAUGGAGAGUUUAUCUGUAUGUCCCUCCUGCGUUCGGACUCUGCUGGCAUAAAUCUGGCAAGACUUUGAAAGGCAGAGUGAAGGUGGAAAACUGAAGCCAAGCCACCCUGGAUGUUAGUUCAUCAAUGUCAUCGAGGCGCUGUGGACUAAUCCAUUUUCGGAUUUGGUUUUCGUCCGCGGCCGGCGUCCCCGGUCGCUUAGCAUUCAGAGACGGAUUCUCCCGCUGAAGUCCUACAUUUAAGUUUUUCCAAUGCUAAUGGGAAACUGCUUGCUGCUGAUUCUCUGGUGUCUCUUGGACAAAAGCUUUGUUUCACCCAUGCACUCUUCAGCACAAAGCAAGUUGGGGAAAGAGCACCACAGGGGUUUGAGGGACCAGAGGAGACAUGGCUUGUCUGGCCUUCAUCGAGUCAAGCGAGGUUGGGUCUGGAACCAGUUCUUCGUGCUGGAGGAGUAUAUGGGGACUGAUCCGCAGUACGUUGGGAAGCUGCACAGUGACCUGGAUAAGGGAGAUAAUUUGGUGAAGUACACGCUGUCAGGGGAAGGAGUUGGCUCCAUUUUCACCGUCGAGCCGACCACAGGAGACAUCCAUGCCUUGCGGAGCCUGGACCGUGAGGAGAAGCCUUAUUACGCGCUGCGGGCCCAGGCCGUGGACGUGCUAACAGGGAGGCCCCUGGAGCCCGAGUCCGAGUUUAUUAUCAAAGUCCAGGACAUCAAUGACAACGAGCCCAAGUUCCUGGAGGGCCCUUACUCAGCCAGCGUCCCAGAGAUGUCACCCGUAGGCACAUAUGUUAUCCAAGUCACAGCCACAGAUGCAGAUGAUCCAACUUAUGGAAACAGUGCCCGGAUUGUCUACAGCAUUCUACAUGGACAGCCGUACUUCUCAGUGGACCCCAAGACUGGUGUAAUAAAGAUUGCCUUACCCAACAUGGACCGGGAGGUCAAGGAGACAUACCAGGUGUUGAUCCAGGCCAAGGAUAUGGGAGGACAACUAGGGGGCCUCGCCGGGACCACUAUCGUCAACAUUACCCUGACUGACGUCAAUGACAACCCACCUAGAUUUGCCAAAAGUAUUUUUCACCUGCGGGUUCCUGAAUCUGCGCCAGUCGGGUCCUCAGUGGGGAAGAUUAAAGCACAUGAUCUGGACUUGGGGAAGAAUGCAGAAGUGGAGUACAGCAUUGUUCCUGGAGACAGCAGCUCCAUGUUUGACAUCUACACUGAUGAACAAACUCAGGAGGGCAUAGUGGUGCUGAGAAAGCCGCUGGACUAUGAAAAUAGAAAGGCCUACAGUUUUAAAGUGGAGGCAUCCAACCCUCACCUGGACUCACGCUUCCUGCACCUGGGCCCCUAUAAGGACUCAGCCACAGUUAAGGUCAGUGUGAUGGACGUAGACGAACCACCGCUCUUUAGCAGGUCCUCCUACAACAUGGAGACAUACGAGGACACACCCAUGGGCAUCGUUAUUGGAGCGGUGACUGCAGAGGAUCUGGACAUAGGGGACAGUCCAAUCAGGUAUUCCAUUGAGUGGAGGAAGGAUGAUGAAAAUUACUUUGACAUCGACCCUGUCGAGGGCACCAUCACCACCAGCGAAGCCCUGGACCGAGAGCGAACGGCCAAACAUAACAUUACUGUUGUUGCGACUAAAGUUAACAACCCCCUGCUGUACAGUCGAGUUAGUGUCACCAUCAGCGUGCUGGAUGUCAAUGAAUUCCCCCCAGAACUCUCCCACCCUUACGAGGCGUUUGUUUGUGAAGAUGCAAAAGUAGGCCAGGUGAUAGAGAUCCUCAGUGCCACGGACAGAGACAUGCCUCAUGUGGGACAUAGAUUCUUCUUCAAAUCUCCAAGAGACAUCAGGAACAGGAACUUCACCAUCCGAGACUAUGGAAACAACACGGCGGGAGUCGUGACCAGGAAAGCGGGCUUCCGGCGGAGAGAGAAGAGCAUGUAUCUGAUUCCGGUGGUGGUAGAGGACAGUGGCUACCCCAUCCAGAGCAGCACAGGAACGCUGAGUGUGCGGGUGUGUGCCUGCGAUGAGGGGGGAUCCGUGCUGUCCUGCAGCGCGGAGGCCGUUUUCCUGGCCAUGGGCCUCAGCACCGGAGCCCUGGUGGCCAUUCUGCUCUGCAUACUCAUUCUGCUGGUGAUGGUGGUGCUGUACGUGGCUCUGAAGCGGCACAAGAAGAAGGACGCACUGAUGUCCUCCAAGGAGGACGUGCGAGACAAUGUGAUCCACUAUGAUGACGAGGGUGGAGGGGAGGAGGACACAAACGCCUUUGACAUCGGCACUCUACGCAACCCCAAAGCCUUGCAGGAGACGCUGCCGAGGCGGGACGUCCAGCUCGAGGCUGAACUGGACCUUGACUCCGAAGACAACGAGGACAUCCGAGCUUAUAUCCAGCAGCGGCUGCAGGAGAACCACACCAGCACCUCAGCACCGCCAUAUGACUCCUUGGCUACAUACGCCUACGAAGGUGAAGGGUCAGUAGCUGAAUCUUUGAGCUCCAUCGAAUCCUGGGUGCUGGAUCCUGAAGAAGAUUACAGGUCCAUUCAGAACUGGGGGCCACGUUUUAAGACCCUGGCCGGAAUCUUUAGCCAGCGAGAGUCAAUCCAGGGUGUGGAAAAACGGCCAGAAAAUAAAGGCGGCAACUCUCGGGAAGAGGGAUCAGAAGAGCGACCAGACUGAUUUUGUUUAUCAUGCAAGCUCUGUGAAAGCGGCUGGAACGUUAUCGAUUUGGGGCGAAACGCUCCAAACCAAGACUUGCUGCGGCAGAAGAGAAGGGGUGUUUUUUUUUUUUUUUUUAAUACAUGCCCCAUUUCUGUUUUGAACUCAUUUCAAUACUUUUUAGUUGAAAGUUGCACUGACAGACAAAUCCUUCCAAUUGCAUUUUAAGUUCGGCUUUAUCUUUGUACUUGUCAGAAUCUGAGUAUCGAAAAAAUCCCUUUUUGGGGAUUCGAAGACACCCCUUUGAUAUGAAAAAGUGCCUCAAAAACUAUUUCUCGUUUCUUCUCCCUCAGAUAUAGACAAGCUCGCUCCUAGAUGCCGGGGAACUUCUUGCUGUGGCUGAAAUUUCAGACUGGUUGCAGGAAAAAAAAAUAAUGGACCAAAUGGAUGAACAAAUAAAUAAAUAAAGUUCAAAGCUCUCCAUCCCUCCCUGUAAUUUUCCAGGCAGAUUGAUGGCUUGUUAAGAAGUCGUCCGAAGGGGACGUGAGAGCAUUUCUCUACCACGUGGGCCGUUUCUACAAACUUGUGUCAGUGGUGAACUGCGACAGAGCAUUUUUAGGUAAUAAAGUUCUUUGAGAUAAGACGUCAUUGACUUUGCGGUUUAUUUUUCUGGCCCUGUGUCCAAAAACACAGGUCACUGUCUCAGUUUUUGUGAACGGGGUUUGAGUUCAGAUGCCUUUUGUGUCACAUUGCUGUGGCUCCUAAGGCCCUGGUGUUAAAGGGCACCCAUUUCUUACAAUAUCUGGACAGUUGUUGAUUU